GAAUUACAAUAGCAUAAGAGCUGCAUUAUAAUAAUUACAAUAUAUUUCACACUUAUAAGACAAAAUAUAAAACUAUCAGCCCAGUUCACUGCUUUCUGUUCGGGAUUCUUUUGGUUGGCUGUGAUGCAAAAGAGGGAUUCGGGUGAUGUCACAUCAAAACACCACAGGAAACCCGAAAAGAACGCCAGUGACGGCUGUAAAACUCUGUUUUUAUUCUAAUUACUUUAUUCAUGUAUUUAUUCAAAUAUUUUUUUCUAGAAUGGUAAAAUAUUUUGUACAGCAUAUUUUAUUUUAUUUUCCUUGAAUUAAAUAAGAGUAAGAAAGGAAAUAAAAAUAAAGAAACUAAAAAAGGUUUAUCCGAACAAACACAAAGAAAUUAAAAACGUGAUAAUUAAAUUUGGUCAGAAAGUUUUAGUGCGUAAGCUUUUAGUGCAAACUAUUUUUUCCCCUAGAUUAACAGUAACAACAACAUAAGUUGGUGACAAAGGCGAAUUUAUUAUGUUUUAACUGAGUUUCUAACUAACUCUAGCUAGUCUGGAGAUCAAUUUUAAUGUCAAAAAUUCUAAAUAUUGGAUAAUUGCAAUAAAUAUGAACUCAAUAAUCAACUCUCUAAAGUAAAGGGGUACGUUAGAGCUUAUGACGGCAAGUGUCUCACUUGCCGUCAUGAGCUCCCACCCUCGCUUCCUGCUUAACUUUGACGAUGGCGCUAGCAUCUGGUGCAAUCUGGACGAAGUCCGACGCGUACCGCUUCGACGAGAGCAAGUUGGUUGUAUGGUGUGGGGCCGCUGGUCAGAUGGGCGCUACUUCCUCGGGCGCGUAACUGACGUGAGAGAUGGCAAGAUCCAUGUGACCUUCGACGAUGGCGACAACAUAUCACAUGACCUUGGUGACGUAAGCGCGGUGAUCGUGGACCUUGUACCCAACCCCACGCACGUGCCAAUCGGUGCACGAGUGAUCGCCGCAUUCGAGGGGCGUUGCCAUUACUAUAAAGGGCGUGUGACGCAGAUAGAUUCGACCAAUCCGUAUGCGCCUCGUUAUCACGUGACUUAUGACGAUGGGGACAAGGGCUGGGUGAACUGCGACAAAGUGAGGCUUCUGCCCAUGCGUGCGGAUGAAGUUGGGGCGCGUGUUUACGCUCGGUGGACCAAUGGCCAGUUCUACCUCGGCACCGUGGAACGCGUGGGCCACAAGAUCGAGAUCAAGUACGACGAUGGAGAUCGUAUUGCGCAUGACCCAAGUGACAUCACGGCUGCUGUCAUUCUCGACAGUACCCCCAACCCAGGCUCUGUUGGCCGCGGCACCCGUGUUAUCGCUGCGUGGCCUGGAAAAGAGAAGUACUACCUGGGAACGGUUGACGCCGUCAACAAAGAUCAGAUGUAUGAGCCUCAAUAUCAUGUUAAAUAUGACGAUGGUGACGAGAGUUGGGUGACUGUGAAUCAACUGAGGGUUAUCCCCGCCCCUGGACCGGCCCCUGAAUCCCAGUUUAUGGUCGUCCAGAUUGGAGCUGAUGUGGUCGCACUGAACAGUAUUGCACAUCCCCAUUUCUACCUUGGCCUUGAGGGAGGUUAUCUCCGCGGGAAGUGGUUUGAUACGUACUGUCACUUCUACUUGCGAGAGGCUCCAAAUCAAUUCAUGUCAUUGGAACCCUGUAUGUUGCCAGGACAACAUGUCGGUGUUGAUAGCAAGGGAAGCGUGAUGCCCCCUGCGUCAGUGUAUGCAGGAACUGAGCCUGCAAUGUUUGAGGUCAAACUACUGUUCAGCCCCUAUGGUCAGACAUACAAAGCAAACCACUCCCAAGGUGGAUACCCUCAGCCAGGAGGUCAAUUUCCCCCAGGCGGGUACCCUCAGCCAGGAGGUCAAUUUCCCCCAGGGGGGUACCCUCAGCCAGGAGGUCAAUUUCCCCCAGGGGGGUACCCUCAGCCAGGAGGUCAAUUUCCCCCAGGGGGGUAUCCACAGCCUGGAAUUCAUCCUCCCCCAGAGCAUGGUGGAUACCCUCCUCCAGGGGGCUACCCUGGCUAUGGAAGUGCUCCACCACCAUACUAGACAUGUGAGAUGCUAAUGAAGGAAGGAAAAAUGGAAAGAUGGAUAUGAUUUACUAUAAUUGAAAUAAUAAACAGUAUUCAAAGAAACUAGAAGACUCUUCAAAAUCUGAUUGACCUUAGAAUAUAUUUUAUUAAAAGUAAAAUUUGAUUGAGACAAUAAAUGAGAAAAAUAUGCAAUCACAAAAUGUUUGUUUAUGUAAAGAUUAAAUUGAAUAAAAAUUAUUUCAAUGC